GGAAUAACAUACUAGUUCAAAUUUUAUUCAGUGCCAUUCCUUCCGUUAGUGGUUCACAUUCAGUGCUACCAUUUCCUUGGCUUCAGAUGGGGUUUUGCACGCGGUGGUAACUAAAGACAUGGAUCAGCAAAACUUGUGAAUCAGCAUAUCCUUCCGGUUUCUACGAGUUCAAAUAAAAGUAAUAGCAAUUGAAAACUCCACAAAUACAAAAAUCGAUUCGAGUGGUUGAACUUUAUAACCGUAGCACCGAAAUUUUGAAGAUGCCAGGGAAUGACGAUGGCGUCAUAUCCAACGAACCUAAACGCCGUGUCAGUAUAAUCACAGAUCCUGUUAUGGAGAGCAGGAUGGGUCACGAUAACUUGGGCUUCGAACCAAAUACUAAACGAAAAAUAUCUCAGCAUUCCAGUCAUUCAGAAGAUGGACCAGUGAGACGGAAAAGCAACCUUCAUCAUUCACACAAUGUCGACAGUGCAGCAGUUAACAGCUAUGAGCAAAGAGUGAAUGGAGAAGUGAACAGAACCAAAAAACAGUCGUUUUCCGAGGAGGUGUUAGCAAAAAUCAAUCAAGAAUAUGAAACUGGGCAGCAGAAUGCACACAUAGAACAGUCAUGGAUCUAUUCGCUGUGCAUGCGAUGUAGAGUAGAAUACAGUACACCAUCGUGGGAACCACCUGGAUGGCAAAAAGUUUGCCCCUAUCCUCUAUGCCCACCCUAUAGACAAUUUGCUAGAAUAAUUUCCAUAAUUUUAAUUGGAUUACUAUUAUGGACAACCGCGUACGUUAUAAUUGGAGAUUCGGCAGCGCCUGGUGGUCAACUAUUCCAAUUGGCGGUAUUGACUGUAGCAGCUAAUUUUGGAGGUUUUCUCAUAUCACUUACCACAUUACCCCGCCUUAUCGGAAUGCUUUUGGUUGGCCUUUUAUUUCAGAAUGUUGGAUGGGUCAAUCUCGAUGGUGAAUUUACAAAAGUUACUGCUGAACUCAGAAAAUUUGCGUUGGUUAUUAUCCUGACACGAGCUGGGUUGGAAAUGGACCCAAAAGCAUUCAAAAAAGUGUACGUCACCAUCUUAAAGUUAGGUCUCAUUCCGUGGACUGUAGAGUUCGUAUUGAUAGGAGUUUUGACGCAUUAUCUACUCGACCUUCCAUGGAUUUGGGCCAUGAUGUUAGGCUCCAUCAUUUCUGCAGUAUCCCCGGCUGUGGUGGUACCUUGCCUCUUCAGACUGAGAACCAAAGGUUAUGGUGUCGUCAAAGGAAUCCCAACAUUGAUCAUUGCAGUAGCCGGUAUUGACGACGCAGCAUCAGUAGCAGUGUUUGGCAUCAUUUCUAGCAUUAUGUUCACACAACAAGGAUUAGCUUUCCAAAUUGCCCAAGCUCCGGUUUGCGUUCUUGGAGGUCUUGGAUUUGGGAUAUUUUGGGGCUUCUUAUGUAAAUACGUCCCGGAAAAAGGAGAUGCCUAUGUAGUUCCUAUACGUACACUUAUGUUGUUUGGGGGCGGCUUAUUGGCCGUAUUCGGAAGUGAAAAAAUACACUUUGAAGGGGCUGGUCCUCUUGGUGUUGUGUUUGCCGCAUUCACAGCUUCGUGCUUUUGGUGCGGAGAAGGAUGGGAUCUUGAAGAUAAUCCAGUUUCAACCGCAUUCGAAAUAUUCUGGAUGAUAUUCGAGCCCAUAUUGUUUGGAAUAACUGGUGCAUCUAUCAAGAUUCGCGAGCUUGAUCCACACAUGGUAGCAAUCGGAACUGGCUGUAUAUACGUAUGCAUUAUCGUACGAAUCGCUGUGACUGUUGGAAUCGCAUUCGGCGAUAAACUAAACGUAAAAGAAAAGAUAUUCGUCGCCAUUUCAUGGAUGUCGAAAGCAACAGUACAGGCCGCUCUUGGCCCUGUCGCAUUAAAGGCAGUUGCAUCCCAACAUCGGUCUGAGGAAGAAAAGCACUAUGCAGAAUUAGUGAAAAAUUUCUGCAUUCUUAGCAUUAUUCUAUCCGCUCCUCUAGGAGCCUUGCUGAUUUCCAUUAGCGGUACAAAAUUGCUGAAAAAGACGAAACCCAUGCUGGAACCCCCAGAAGGCUGGCGACGAAGUCAUCGACCAUCACUACACGACAUCAGUAUUAUCGACGAAGAGGAGGAGCGUGAAGAUAUUGAGGGUAUCGCUGAUGAAGAUACUGCUGCCAAUACGCUAUCUAACGCACAAUCAGCCUCUGUGUUUACGGUUACAAAGUUCUAGAAACCAUCGGACCCUGAAAUUACACUAACGCACUGUACACAGUAGUUUCAACAAAAUUGCUGCACAAAAACCACCAUCUGGUUAAAUAGUUCAAAAACAUUACACAUUUCUAGCCAUACCAAAAAAAAAAUCAAAACACAAAACACGAGAAAUUUCAUAGAAACCAUC